GUGGCGGCGGGUUUGUUGAAAUCUGCUCCAGAUAAUUUCUUUUGCGCUGAUUUUAGAAGAUAAUUUAAAGAUUAGCAGCGGUGUCCGGCAGAUAUGCUGCGUCGCAUCUUGCACGGCUGUUACCGGAUUCAGCGAAAAUCGGCCGAUUUGCGAGUGACAAACUUGCCAGCCGCGUCAAUCAUGCCAAAUUCGAGAGGCCUCAUGACAGACGUGCAGCGACUUCGGCUGCAGCAAAAACUGAAACAGACUGACAAGUUCAGUGACGAGCAGCUGAAAAGUGGACUGUACCUUAUUUUUAUUCGCAAGGAGGGGCAGGUUUUGAUAUCCAGAAACAAGGGCCAACUCGCAGCUGCAAACUUUGAGGAUUUGAAAUCUUUGUUUGAUGAACUUGAGAGCAAGGCAGUCUUUGUAGACGUUGACAAGGACAGCGAUAGGUGCAGAUUUGCCAUCGAGAUUCCCUCGAUUUCACCUGAAGACCUCAGCAAAUGGGAGGAAAAGUUUUCCGGGAAGUUUGUGCACUUGCGGCAGUCGUUGUUUCUCCUCAAGUCCGAACAGAGCGCCCUGGUUUCACAAAGCCGAGCUCUUUUCACUUGGAGGCGCAGGAGGAACUUCUGCCCGGAAUGUGGCAGUGCCACAAAACCAAAGGCCGGCUUCAGCCACAAAGUUUGUCCAAGUUGCGACACACCGCAGUACCCUUACACUGCUCCUGUAGGAAUCGCUCUGGUUGAAAACCAAGAGCACUCUCAGGUUCUUCUCGUUCGCCAACCGAGGCAUCCACCAGGAAUGUUCUCCUGUCUGGCAGGAUUUGUUGAUGCAGGUGAAUCUUUGGAGCAAAAUGUGGGUAGGGAAGUUGCUGAAGAGGUCGGUUUGACCACUUCAAAGGUGGAAUACAUAGCCUCGCAGUACUGGCCUUACCCUGCAGGUCGUCUGAUGCUCGGCUGCAUUGCCACCGUCCUGCCUGGCACAGUUGACAUUGACAAGGAGGAGUUGGAGGACGCCUCUUGGUUCUCGCCGGCUCAACUGCACAAAGCCGUCACCCGCGCUGCCUCCUUCAAGCCGCCUCCGGAGGGGGAAAUUUGGCUUCCACCCCCGGGCGCCAUUGCCCACGACCUAAUUAAGGUUUGGCUCAGCAGACACUACACCAGCUCAUCUAAACUGUGAUUUAUGUUUUUUUACAAAUUAUAUAAAUUAUCAUUUUACCUAUCAAGACUUUGGUUGUUGUUUUUGUUGAUCGAUGUGUAAAAGUUGAUCUGAAUUUUCAUCAUACUUUGUCAGCCGGUGCACUUGAGUGAGCACCAACAUGUGUCAGGAUAUGAUUGCUUUAUCAAUAAAUUUCUGUCAGCCAGACGCA